CUCACCAACUACAAAUCUCUUUCAUAUCUCUCACUCAAUCAAGAACAUUCUCAAAACCUCCACAAAAAUGGCAGCUGCAGCUCCACCGCCGCCUCCAUCCGAAGCUCACAUCUUCCUCCCAGAAACCACCCCUCCAGGCGACACUCUCUUCACCCGCAUCCGCCUCGCCACCGCCGCCGACGUCCCCCACAUUCACAAGCUCAUCCACCAAAUGGCCGUCUUCGAGCGCCUCACCCACCUCUGCGAAGCCACCCCUGAGUCCCUCUCCGCCACGCUCUUCCCCCCCUCCGCCCCUCCCCCCUUCACCUCCUUCACCGUCCUCAUGCUCGAGCUCUCCCCCGCCCCCUUCGCUCCCCCCGCCGCCGCAGAUCCCCAUUUCACCCCGAUCCUCAAGCCCGUCCACCUCGAUCUCCCAAUCGACGAUUCCGAUCGGGCUGAUUUCACUAGCAACGCCCCGGAUGUUCUAGUGCACGACGUUGUAAUUGGGGGAUUCGUGCUGUUUUUCCCCAAUUACUCGACGUUUUUGGCGAAGCCAGGGUUUUACAUCGAGGAUAUUUUCGUGAGGGAGUGCUACCGCCGGAAGGGGCUGGGGCGGCUGCUGCUGACGGCGGUGGCGGCGCAGGCGGCGAAGAUGGGGUACGGGAGGGUGGAGUGGGUGGUUCUCGAUUGGAAUGUGAAUGCGAUUAGGUUUUACGAGCAGAUGGGGGCGAAGAUUUUGCCGGAGUGGAGGAUUUGCCGCCUCACCGGCGACGAGCUUCAGGCAUUUGGGCGUAUCAACCUAGGUUGAUACGACGGCGUUUUGGAGCGGGGAUUAAUAAAUUGCUGUGUUAAUUUUGAGCUUUGUUAAACUCUAAUGUUGUAGCUGUGUUAUUGAAUUUUGUACUUUGCUUUUGAUUUGAGUGUUGAAAUUGCUCUUUUGUUGAUGAAAAUUAGUAAAUUACUGCUGUUUUGAGCUA